AUGGAACCCAAACCCGAGGGUAUCGAAAUCGAAGCAGCCAAGACUGGCGAGCUCAAUCGCUUUGGCGAUCAGCAGCACCAACAUAAAUUGACGCGCCGCAUUCUGCUAAAGCUAGACACGCGGAUCCUGCCUACGCUAGCAUUGCUUUUUCUAUGCUCGUUUCUCGAUCGCACGAAUGUCGGAAAUGCCAAGAUCAUCGGCCUGGAAAAGGAUAUCAACAUUACCGACCACCAGUACGAUAUCGGUCUGACGGUGUUCUAUCUUUUCUACAUCUGCAGCGAGCUGCCGAGCAAUCUCAUACUCAAGAAGGCAUCGCCUAAACUGUGGCUACCGUUCUUGACUAUCCUCUGGGGUAUUAUUACCAUGUGCCUGGGAUUUGUGAGAAGUUAUGGCGGAUUUGUUGGUGUGCGGUCUAUCUUGGGCAUCGCCGAGGGUGGAUUGCUACCGGGCAUGGUUCUGUACCUGUCGUCUUUUUAUAAACGUGGAGAUUUGGCUCUGCGCAUUGGUCUGUUUUAUACAGCAGCUUCUUUGUCCGGAGCUUUUGGUGGUCUUCUUGCCCGCGGUCUCGCAGCGAUUGCCCCGCGAGGAGGGCUAGAGGGAUGGCGAUGGAUUUUCAUUAUCGAAGGUCUACUGACCGUCGCCUGCGGUGCACUGAGUUUCUUCCUUCUUCCAAACUCAUUGGAGUCGGCAUCGUUCUUGACGAGGGAAGAAAAAGACUUUGCACGCGAGAGACUUCUCAUGGAUAACCCUAGAAUGCUCAAUGGGACAUUGGCCACCGAGGUGGAGUCAUUCAAAUGGUCUGAAGUUCGACGAGGUGUCCUGGAUGUGCAGUUGUGGCUUUCUGCCACUGCAUAUUUUGCGAUUCUAUCCGGAUUGUACUCCUUCGGUCUCUUUCUGCCGACAAUCAUUAAAAGCCUGGAUUUUGCCAAAGAUGCCAACGAAGUGCAACUUUGGUCGGUCAUUCCAUAUGCCGUUGCAGCUGUCAUCACCGUUGUCGUGGCGUUUAUUUCGGAUCGCCUGCACCUGCGCGGCGUUGUAAUGCUCUUCACCCUCCCCAUCGCAAUCGCCGGCUACGCAGCUAUUGCCAACAUUGACGACGCACGUGUUCAAUACGGCAUGACGUUCCUCAUGGCUACCGGCCAGUUCGCCAGUGUUCCUUGCAUCCUGGUGUGGAUGUCCAACAACUCCGCCGGACACUAUAAACGGGCAACGACGUCGGCAUUGCAGCUGGCAAUUGCGAAUGCUGGAGGAUUUGUAGCUACCUUCAACUACCCCUCUCGCGACGGGCCGCAGUUCCACCGGGGACACACUAUCAUCCUUGGCUUACUUGUGUUUGCGUGGUUUAUGAUUCUGUUUAAUGUGCUCUAUUGCGCCAAGGUUAACCGUGACAAGAGGAACGGAAAGUAUGAUAAGUAUGCAGGGUAUAAUGAUGACCGCAACCCGGAUUUCAAGAUGGUUCUUUAG